AUGGUUGUGAUAACCCUGGCUGUCAGGCCCACGCAGUACCAGCUACUCAUCUCUCCAUGUAUGUCUCGCAAACGACAGCUAGAACUCUCCGAUAUACAAGAUGAAACAGAUAUAUACGACCGCUUGGUGUUGAAGCAGCGCAAGUCGAAAAAGAAAUUGCUCCAGCCCGACAAGUCGUCUGUUUUAUUAUCUGAUAAGGUGCGAUUAAUCGAUGAGAAACGGAACCGUCUGAAACGUCGAAAUGAUUUACCUGUUGCUGAUGAUGAUGUCAAUGGGAAGCACACGCCUCUGGAUGACGAAAUGCCCGUUAUCGUAGAGAGCUACCUGCUUCAACAGGAGAGAAACAUUCAGUCUAUUCCCAAUGUCCUGAGGCUAUGUAAAGACAUGAUUGAUCACUACGAUGAGCUUGCUCUCGGACUGAUAUUUCCUGAGAUUGAACAGAAUCAUAUGUUUAGGCUAUUCCUCAGUGCAGCCAGUUUUGGGCUUCUGCAUUUGUUACUGUUUCCUCAGGAAGCAUUGAACCUUUAUGUUUCAGUGUUGCGAGGUAUAAUCACGAAACAAAACGCAGAGACAGUAAUAAAAACUCAAUUCUCCAAAGAGUCUCAAAUGGAAAAACUUGAACCUGCUCCACCAGUGUCGAUUAGGUCAUCAAGUUCCCUGCUCAGAACGAUAAUUCGAACAACUGAACUGUUCAAAGUUCCAAAACGAAUCACUCAGCUCUUAGAUGAAGCAAAUGUCCAGUGA